GCACUGACUGAGCUUUCUGCAGGCCAGCUGGCCCAAGUCAUGGUGCAGGCAGGAGCACUUGCUGAGGAAGCUACCAUCCGGAAAGUCAUGGGCCAGCUAAAUACAACCAGGGACCUGGCACAAUUUUUUAAUAAUCUCAAUGCUCUAGGCCAGGCACAGCUCCAAGGCAGUGUCCACACGGGCCUCCUGCUCAGCCUGGCCUUCCAGCAUCUCUCUCUACACUUUCCCACGUUCAAGAGCCCAGACUUUGCCUACUGGUUCCAGAAUGGCCUCCAAAAUGUACUACAGGCAGUGAAUGAGACGCUCGUGGCCCAGAUCCCUCUGACCAUCUCGUGUGAUGCUUACCAGAACAUAUUGAAAGGAUUCAAUAAUGUCUACGAGCUCAUCCCUGCCUCUAAUGCCCCCAGUGUAUAUGGAUUCUGCAAGACCUUCCUCACAGCCAGAGCUCAGUUGGGAUCACCUUGCGGGCACGAGAUCCCCAGUUCAGAGGUGUGGCUGGACACAUACUUGGGGAACUUCAGUAUCUUUGCUGACUACAAGAACCUACUGAACUGGAAUGGAAAACUGCAAGCGCUCUCUUUGCUGGACAAAAUGACCCCCAUCCAGUUGGCUUCAUUCGCCGUGCAGUCUGGUGCCAUCAGCCUUGAGAAAGACAUGGACCUGGUCCUUGCCAGGCUCCAGAGAAUGCCUGCAGAAGCUGUGGACCAGUUCCUGAGCCAACUCACCAUGGAACUCCAGCUGUCGGUUGGGGCCAUCCGAAAUGCAGGGAUUAGGAGGAAGAUGCUCAAGCAACUGGUGGGCCAGAUUCAAGGGGGAUUUUCAACCCUGAGACCAGAGGACUGGACCCUUCUCCUCUCGACCAAGCUCCUGCCUCUACUUCCCAGUCUGGGUACCGAGGAUGCCCAUCUCCUUUUGUCCUACAUCUCUGGCUGUGACAGCUUCCAAGCUUUGUGAGUGGAUGUCAAAGGAAUCUUAGGCCCAGGCCAGCCAGUGGGGAAGAACUGUGGAGGGAGAAAAGAUCAGUGACAAGAAGUGACUUUUUUCAUGAUGAUAGAUCAGUUCAGCCCAGCAUUUGUUAA